AUGCCUUCGCAAGUCUCGGACGAGCAGCUAGGCGACGCGCUGCUCCAAUCAGCCGCGCAUGGCGCGUUUCCCCAGGACCAGGAUGUCGCGUCCGCAACUGUGCCUUCCAGCGCACUUCCAAAGCUGUUGGAGGUAGUCGCUAAAGCACGAGAAGAGACGAAGGACGAAGUACGCCAACUCUCGAGAGAAGCCGCACCCGACGUCGAUGGCUGGAUAGCACAGGCACGCAAGCUGCAAGACGAUAUCAAACGCUCGCAAGAAACGGCCAAAGAGAUUGUAAAACAAGCAGAGGCAGGAAAGGAGAAUACAGCCCGCGUACAGGAUGCUGCAAGCAAGGUCAGCCUACUGCACACGGAAAUUGCAUACAACGAAAGCUUGGCACGUGCUGUAGAGCAGCUUCGAGACAUCUCGACCCUGCUCGACUCUGCCCAAAAUGCUGCUGUACAUGGCCAUGUUAUGCAUGCCAUACAGACUUUGGAAGAUGCCGAUGGCGCAUUCCAGGGACUUGGGCUGUUCACCACUACAAGAGCGGUGGGCGUGCUGAAGAACAAGGAGGAGCAGCUGAAGAAAGCGAUCGUAGAGACGGUCACGGAGUCAUGGACCGGGCUGAUUGCAGUCGACAACACCAAUCAUAAAAUCUCGCUGCACCAGUCGAUCGAACGCGAGGCCAGAGUCGAUAUCAACACAACGGUUGAAGCGCUUACGAAGUUGGGUCUCCUUGACAGCUUCGUUACCCGCUUGAGCCGUGACCUGGACAAGAUCAUAAUCGCUCCCCGACUGGCUAUAGGCACCGACCGCGUUGUGUCCGCCUUCAACAUCCAGGAAGAUGUCAUCCAACGUGCUGGCACGGUGAAUGAUGGUGCGGUCAAGGCUACCUUGGAGGAUAUGCACUUGCUUGCUGAGUACCUGAGCACGCGUCUACCGCCUAGCAUCGCCGUUCCGCUGUCCUCAAAGAUCGUUCCGAUCCUUGCUUCUCGUUUAAUUUCGAAUCUGCUUUUGCCUGCCGUGCCAUUAUCAACAGACGGGAUACCACAUUUUCAAGAAACGCUCUCAUAUGUCUUGGGCUUUGUGGAGUAUCUCGAUGAGCUCGGCUGGUCAGGCCAAAUUCGUCUAGCUGAAUGGGUAGAUAAGUCUGCCGAGAUAUGGCUUGCUAAACAGAAAGAGGAUGCGAUCGCUCGAGUACAAACGAUGUUUCCGAAAAAGGUGCAAGAAAAGAAGACUGUUGAACGGGUCGAGACGCAAGUCAUCUCAAAGGGUGAUGCAUUGCAUGCUGGCAACGAACAAGAGGAUGACUGGGCUGCUGAUUGGGACGAGGAGGGUGAUGUCGCAGAAGAGAAGAAGGAGACUAUCGAAGAAGAAGAUAUGAGUGCUUGGGGUGAGGAUGAUGAUGUGAUUGGAGAUGAACCCAAAGAGCAAGAAGCGAAAGAAAAGCCAGCUGAUGCAGAGGAUGCAGAUGAUUGGGGCGCUGAUUGGGAUGACGAGGCUGAUACCAAACCCACCACAACGCCGAAGCCUGCAGCACAUACAACAGAGCAACCGAAUACGAACGGAAAACCUGCCUCUCAAAAACAGCCGGCGCACCAGGAGGUCACCCUUCGAGAGACAUAUACAGUGACAGCGAUCCCAGAUGCCAUAAUGGAGAUAAUCUUGCAGGUCAUUGCAGAAGUAGACACGCUGAACUCACCCGAGCUGGUCAAGUCUGCAAUCGCACCCGCGAGCGGGGGUCUAUAUGCGAUUCCGAGCCUCCUGUUGGCAAUGUACCGAGCUACUGCUGUGAUGCAUUACUCAAAAGAUAUCGCCAGUAACAUGCUCAUCUACAACGACUGCCAGCGACUAUCGGAUCGUCUGCGACUCUUUCUUCAAGAACAAGCUGAAAGAGAUAAAUUGUCUACAUUGCCACAGCACUUGCGACCUUCCAAACGCCUCCAACCGCUGAUCGAAUCUGACAUCAAGACGAUCGACGGAUUUGGAAAGCGUGCAUACGGACGCGAGAUGGAGUCACAAAGACAGAUCAUCCGGGAUCAUCUUGAAGAUGCGCAAGGCUUCCAAGGCUGUACGAACGUUCCGUUCGCUACGGUCUGUGAUGACGCCAUCGCUACGACGAUAGAUCGCAUAGGUGAUGUGAAGCGACAGUGGCAGAAUGUACUUUCACAUAGCGCUCUACAUCAGUCACUUGGCUCGUUGGUGUCAGCAGCUCUCACAAAGUUCAUCAACGAUGUCGAGGACAUGUCAGAUAUUGCAGAAGAUGAGUCGAGGAAGUUACACGGGUACUGUGUCUCGCUUGCUACUCUAUCCCAACACUUCCAGACCGAGGAUGGCAACGGAGAAACAAGAGACAUGGCCGGUAUCUACACGCCCAACUGGUUCAAGUUCCAGUAUCUCAGCGAAAUUCUGGACAGCAGCCUUGCGGAUAUCAAAUACUUCUGGACGGACGGCGAGCUGAAGUUGGAGAUGGAAGCUGAAGAGGUGAUUGGAUUGAUCGAGGCUCUGUUUGCGCCUAGUGAUCACCGGAGAAGAGCUAUUGCUGAGAUCAGGAGAACCAGUAUGACUUAG